AUGAGCGGGUUACCUAGUCCCAGACGUAUUGUGACCGCGCAAGAAGGGUCGGUCGGCGUUGUGUGGAAAGACGCGCCUGUCAUUCCGCAAGCUGUUCCCGGCUUCGACGGCGCUCUAGCCGCCCCGAUGUGGGUGUGUGAUAGCGUCCCAACGAAUGACAACAACGAGAAGGUUGACGGUGCCGAGCGCGAAGUCAGAGGUCCCGGUUUGGGUAUCGCGCACGAGAACGGGACGAACCACCGCUUCACAGACAUUGGACCUGGACUGUACAUUCCCAUGCAUAGGACAACUUCAGUGGACCUCAAUAUCCUUAUCCAUGGCGAGCUGGUCUUGUUACUUGAUGAUGGCAGCGAGACGCAUCUAAAGAACCCAGGUGAUACCGUAGUGCAGCGUGGAACGUUGCACGCAUGGAGGAAUCCAAGCACUACCCAGUGGACACGAUGGGCCACCGUCGUUAUAGACGCAAAGCCUGUCAUCGUGGACGGAAAAGAAUUUGCCAAUGAAGUACAAGCAUAA